GUAUGAAGAUAAAUAAUAACUUAUCCAUUCCCCGCGAUUUGAAGAAAAAUAAUAAAAGAAAAUUGAGUUAGUUAGAGCUUGUUAAUAUCUUUACAGGUAGUGAAACUGAAAUUCCAUGUAUAGAUGUUCUCAGAUUGUUAUAGAAAACAAACAUGUCAACCAUUGAGAAGAUGAACAUCCUAGGGAUUCGGAGCUUCGGUCCUGAGGAACAAGAUAAACAAACUAUCCAUUUCUUCAAGCCUCUUACAUUGAUAUUGGGGCCCAAUGGGACAGGAAAAACUACUAUUAUUGAGUGUUUGAAGUAUAUGACUACAGGAGUCAUGCCUCCAGGGGCCACAAAAGGAGGAGCAUUUAUACAUGAUCCCAAGAUUGCACAUGAGAGAGAGGUCAGAGGUCAAGUGAGGUUGCAGUUCCGUGAUAUAUCACAAAAACCUGUCAUUGUACAGAGGUCAUUAACAGCUACACAAAAGGCAAAGAAGGUAGAAAUGAAGACAUUGGAUGGUGUGAUAACAAGGUUGAAUGCUGCUGGUGAAAAACAGAGUAUCAACUCUAAAUGUGCUGAUCUUGACAGAGAGAUGAUUACCUCCCUUGGAGUGUCAAAGCCAGUUCUGGAGAAUGUGAUAUUUUGUCACCAGGAGGAGGCUAACUGGCCAUUAAGUGAAGGCAAGCAGUUGAAAGAAAAGUUUGAUGCCAUAUUUGCUUCAACAAGAUAUGUGAAAGCUUUAGACAGUAUUAAGAAAACUAAGAAAGAACAGGAUGAUAAGUUAAAGAUGUACAGAAAUGAUGUUCAGUAUUUGAAACAACAUAAAGAGAAAGCUCAUCAGCUUGAGUGUGAUUUAGCAGAACAAGAAGCUAAACUAGAGGCUUCCAAAGAAUCUGUGAACAAAGUAAACAGUCAGCUGAAACCUAUUGAGGAAAAGAUGAACAAAAUAGAUGAACAGUCAGCUGAAAUAUUUGGAAUCCAGAACAAGAUCACCCAGUAUGGCAGUGAGAAAAAACAGAUUGAGAAACAUGCGGAGGAACUACAGGACCAGAUAGAAAAUGAAUUCCAAGGAACUGAUGAGGAGUUGAAGAGUAUGCUGUCAGAUUUUGAAGAUAAAUUGAAGGAAAGAAAGAGAACAUUAGAGGAGUUUGAAGACAGGCAGAAUAAGUUAAGUAGACAAUCAGAAAAGUUAGACAGAGAGAAGUCAGCUAUACUGGUAGAAGUUGGCAGACUGGAACAAGAGGCUGAGAGACAAGAAGAAAAUGUUUCAAAAAGAGAUACUCUGAUCAAGCAGUUUGCAGAUGAAUACAGUUUUGAUGGUUUGACAGGGGCCAUAACUGAUGAGAAAUACAAAUUGUUCUUAAAGAACAUGCAACGUAAACUUGAGACUAUGGUAGAAGAAACUAGACAGACAAAGACAGAUUUUGAGGAGAGAGAGGGAGAGAUACAACAGAAGAUUGAUGAACUAAGGGACAACAAGACUAAACUUGAACAAAAUGAUAAAAUCAAGAGGGAAAUGAUGCUGGAUAACAGAGAGAAGAUAAAAGAAAUCAACAGGAAGUUGAGUGCCAUAGAAGCUUCUGGAGGUAGACUAGAUCAGAUUAAGAGAGAACUUAAGAGACAUGAACAUGAUCUUCAGACUCAGGAAUCUUCUGUCAACACUGAUGAACUGAAGCAGGAAAUAGCAGAAUUGUCGAAGGAAAAGUCUAAAAUGGAGGCUAAAAUUAGUGAACUUAAUUCCGAGAUGAAUAGGCUUCAUUUACAGUCUAGUGCCCAGGCUGAACUUGACAUGCUGAAGAAAGAUAAAGCUUCCAAAGAGGAAAAUAUUAGAAGAUUGAAAGCAAAGCGUGAGGACACUGUGAAGUAUCUGUUAAAUCAUGCACCUGGCAAAAAUAUCCGAGGUGAACUCGAAGAUUAUAUCAGCAAUCAAAAUGAGGAUGUAAAGAAAUGUUCGGCUAAAAUGAACCAGAUAAAAAAUACAAUGUCAAAAAUGGAAACUGAGAGAAAAAUGGGCAUGGAACAACUGAAAAAGAAGGAGGCAGAACUUAAAGGACUUGAAGAAAGGGUAUACAAUGUGUGUGGAAGUCAGAAUUUCGAUGAAGGACUCUCAACCAUUCAGGAAAAAAUGGAGAAGGUCAGAGAUCAACGUGGGUCAUUACUUGGUGCUCAACAUUUCUUCAAGAAAUAUGCGAAAGAUUUAGAGAAAGAUGAUCCAUGUUGUCCAUUAUGUCACAGAGGCUUUGAUACACAACAAGAUGUCCGUGAACUUGUGCUAGAGUUAAAGGAGAAAUUAAGGAUGGUACCCAGCAAGUUAAAGACAGCUGAUGAAGAGAUUGAUGAAUGCCAGGAGAAAUAUGAUGCCCUGAUGCAGCUUAAACCUCUCCGAGAAAAUAUGGAGAAACUAGAAGAGUCUGAAAUACCACAGCUAAAGUCAAGUUUAAAGAAGACACAAGAUGAGAUACAUAAACAGAAAGAGGACCUUACCAAUAUAGAGGAAGAAUUAAAGAUAAAAGAGGAUGAUGAAGCUAUGGCUAAACAAAUACAACCAGAUAUCGUUAUGAUGGACAGAUACUUUGGUGAUGUAUCGGAACUAGACAAGAAAAUUGCAAUGCAAGCAGCAAAACUCUCAGGGGGAGACUCUGGGAGGACUCUUCAGAUGGUUAUUGAUGAGAAGGAGGAUUUGCAGGUCAAAGUAGAUUCAUCAACAAGGAGUUUGGAUCAUAAGCGUCAGAAGUUGGCGGACCACUCGGAACAGGUACAAAUAUUGAGAGCUACCAUAAACAGUCUGAAGGAAGAAAAGUUUGGUAUUGAAAGUGACUUACAACAGAGAAUCAAACUGGAAGAAGACAAAGGAAAUCUAGAGUCAGAGAAUACUAUGCAUGAACAGGAUAUAAAGGAUACAGCAGAAAAGUUGAGACCCAUACAAAGUAAGAUGGACAGAUUAAGAACGGAAAAAGAAGAUUUGGUAAAAAAGAAAGAGGAAAAGUUAGAAACUGCAAAAGCAGAGGUUGAGAUAGUGAAAGGCCAUGCUAGUCAAGUGAAGAAUAUUAAUCAGGAUAUUAAAAGUUAUAACCAGUCUGGAAAAGCGAGCAAAUUGGAAGAGAACCAGGCUGACAAGGAGAGAAUAGAGAAAAAAAUGGCCGCCAUCGAAGAGGAGCUGAAGGAUAUUGUUACCAAUAUUGAUAAAUUGAGAAAAGAUCUUUCAACACAAAAGGUACGAGAACUUGACCUUCAGAAUAAUCUGAAUUUGAGAAAUAAACAGAAAGAGAUAGAAAAGAUCAGUAGAAAGAUUGUUGACCUGGAGAGUAAACUUGGAGAUUUAGACGUGGCUUACCUAGACAGGGAACGUAGACGUCUACAACGAGAAAUGGAAAAUCUAACAAAACAGCGGCAUACCGCAGAAGGCCGUCAGACUGAAUUGGAGAACCAGAUUAGAGCUGUGAAGAAGGAGUUACAAACAGACAUGUAUAAAGGAGCAGAGGAGAAAUAUCGUAACAAAAUGAUUGACCUUAGAACAACAGAACUGGCUAAUGGAGAUUUAGAGAAAUAUUACCAUGCACUAGAUAAGGCUAUUAUGAAUUACCACAAUAUGAAGAUGUCGGAAAUCAACAAAAUUAUCCGAGACCUGUGGAGGCAGACCUACAGGGGUCAAGACAUAGAAACUAUAGAGAUACGUUCAGAUGAGGAUGAUUCCGCGGCCAUGAAGACACGUAAGACGUAUAACUACCGUGUUGUGAUGAUCAAACCUGGGGACGCUGUUAUAGACAUGAGGGGGAGAUGUAGUGCUGGACAAAAGGUACUGGCAUCCUUGAUAAUACGCUUGGCCUUGGCUGAGACGUUCUGUUUGAACUGUGGAAUUUUAGCGCUAGAUGAACCUACGACCAAUCUGGAUAGAGAAAAUAUUGAAAGUUUAGCUGGUGCACUAGUGGAGAUCAUUAAAGGACGCAUUCACCAAAGAAACUUUCAGCUGGUAAUCAUUACCCACGAUGAAGAUUUUGUAGAGUUACUGGGUAGAUCAGAAUAUGUAGACUAUUUCUUCAAAGUCAGCAAAAAUCAAUAUGGUUGUUCAAGGCUGACAAGAGCUGAGGUUGCUGAACUGAGCAGAUAAGGUCCUU